AUGACACAAAGCCUACAAAAAAAGCUUAGCAGCUCACUAGAGUAUCACAGAGUGUCCCUGCACACCACACAACGACACAAACAGUGGACUAACCUAGCCCACCCCUGCUUUAUUCUACAUCACUGCUUCCCUGAUGUCAGCGUGAGAGGCAGAACAAAGGCUAAAAGGCACACGAUGGAUGCAGAUGGGGAAAAUAAAAAGCUGCGCACACGCUCAAAAGGAACCAAGGUUCAAGUGGACUCUAUAGCUCAAGAGCUCAGUGCCUACAAAUGCUCCAUGGCUAAGAAGAGGAAAGCUGAAGAACAGAUAUCAGGUGUUCCCGUCAACAAAAGGAAGUCCCUAUUAAUGAAACCCCGCCACUACAGUCCCAGCUUGGAAUGUAAAGAAGAAAAUGAAGACAGGACGGAUUUACAGGAAGACAUCUGUGUCCUCGAAAGCAGCUCAACUCCAGAGGAAAGCACUCCAAAAUCAGCUGAGGAAAUUCCAUGUGGGCAAGAAAAUUCCAGUCAAAGAAAAGAUAACUACUCCAGCUAUCAAGAUGUCAUGGCCAAGUCUUUGAUGAACAUGGGAAAAUUAGCAAAAGAUGCACCCAGUCAAACUGUGGCAGAAAAUCUAAAUGAUAGUGGCAUUCAAUCCUUAAAAACACAAAGUGAUAACACUGAUGAAUGUUACUUGAUUAACUCAGCUGAAGGAAAGGAGAAGACUGUUAUUUCUGACUCAAAAUACUGUUCAUCUGAGGAAAAUGAAAGUAACUCUGAAAUUAUGGACAAUGAGUGGGACAGCUCCUCAAAUUUCUCAGAAGAAACUAGUGUAAAGCCCCACGUAACUCAGAACUAUAUUCUAGAGUGUAAUCAACCUAGCGUCCUGGAAGUCCCAGAAAUUAAGAAGGAAGAGGUAGAAUUUGGCCCUUGUGAAACACUUUGUGACUCAGAAAUAGAACUAAGAGCACCCCAGGAGUCUCACCCAGAUCCUUUCGAGAAGAAAAUUCAGAACACCUUCCCUGAAAGUGAAGAUGACAACGAGUGCCUGUCAGAAACCACAGAAGUGUCGGUUGAGCUGGACAAAACAAAAGGGAACUUGAGUUUGCUAGAACAAGCAAUCGCUCUGCAGGCAGAGCAAGGGCAUGUGUUUCACAGCACCUACAAGGAACUGGAUAGGUUUCUUCUGGAGCAUCUAGCAGGGGAAAGAAGACAAACCAAAGUUAUUGACAUUGGUGGGAGACAGAUAUUUAGCAACAAAAAUUCACCCAGGCCUGAAAAGAGAGAAACCAAAUGUCCCAUCCCAGGAUGUGAUGGCACAGGGCACGUGACUGGGCUUUACCCUCACCACCGCAGUCUCUCAGGCUGUCCACAUAAAGUUAGAGUGCCACUAGAAAUUCUUGCCAUGCAUGAAAAUGUUUUAAAGUGCCCCACCCCAGGAUGCACCGGAAGAGGACAUGUCAACAGCAAUCGCAACACGCACAGAAGUCUUUCUGGUUGUCCAAUUGCUGCAGCUGAAAAGUUGGCAAUAUCCCAGGAAAAGAACCAGCUCGAGUCUCCAAAAGCUGGGCAGUGCCAGGAUCAGACUCACAGGACAAAUUUAACAAAGCAACCUGAGGUAGCACAGUACCAUUACAGAACUUCACAGCCAGUCACCUCCUCCAGAGCCAUCCUGAUGAAAGAACAGGAGAAGUUUGGGAAAGUACCAUUUGAUUAUGCCAGCUUUGAUGCACAAGUCUUUGGCAAGCGCACAGUAGCACCUGUGGCACAAGGACGAAAAACACCCCAGUUCCUUGAAUCAAAGCAUUUUUCAAAUCCAGCGAAAUUUUCUAAUCGACUGCCUAGUGCUAGCGCCCACACACAGAGCCCUUGCCAUGCCAACUCUUAUAGCUACGGUCAAUGUAGUGAAGACACCCACAUAGCAGCAGCUGCUGCUAUCCUGAACCUUUCCACCCGCUGCAGGGAAGCAGCAGAGAUCCUCUCCAACAAACCACAGAGUCUGUCUGCCAAGGGAGCUGAGAUAGAGGUGGAUGAAAAUGGCACUCUGGAUUUGAGCAUGAAAAAGAACCGAAGCCAAGACAAAGUUAUACCUCUCACUUCCAGCUCAGCACUUCCCACUCCUUCUUCUUCUCCUUUCAAAACAAGUAGCAUCUUGGUAAAUGCAGCCUUCUAUCAGGCUCUUUGUGAACAGGAAGGCUGGGAUACACCAAUCAACUACAGCAAGACCCAUGGCAGGAAAGAAGAAGAAAAAGAGAAAGAUCCAGUCAGCUCUCCAGAAAACACAGAAGAAAAGAAGUAUCCAGGAGAUGUCUCCAUACCAAGUCCUAAACCCAAGCUCCAUUCAAGAGAUCUCAAAAAGGAACUCAUCACCUGUCCAACUCCAGGAUGUGAUGGCAGUGGUCAUGUAACAGGAAACUAUGCCUCACACCGCAGUGUUUCUGGGUGCCCAUUAGCUGACAAGACAUUAAAAUCCCUUAUGGCUGCUAACUCUCAGGAGCUUAAGUGCCCAACACCUGGCUGUGAUGGCUCUGGCCACGUGACAGGGAACUAUGCAUCCCACAGAAGCUUAUCUGGUUGUCCUCGUGCCAGGAAAGGAGGUAUCAAAGUGACUCCUACCAAGGAAGAAAAAGAAGACUCUGAACUUAAAUGUCCAGUGAUAGGCUGUGAUGGCCAAGGUCACAUAUCAGGUAAAUACACUUCUCAUCGCACUGCUUCUGGUUGUCCUUUGGCUGCCAAGAGACAGAAGGAGAGUCCCGUCAAUGGGUCUUCACUAUCCUGGAAACUGAACAAACAAGAGCUGCCACACUGUCCUUUGCCAGGCUGCAACGGGCUGGGUCAUGUUAAUAAUGUUUUUGUCACCCACAGAAGCCUGUCUGGUUGUCCUCUGAAUGCACAAGCCAUAAAAAAGGGCAAAAUUUCGGAAGAAUUAAUGACUAUCAAGCUUAAAGCAAGUGGUGGUAUUGAGAGUGAUGAAGAAAUCAGACACUUGGAUGAAGAAAUAAAAGAAUUGAAUGAAUCCAAUCUUAAAAUUGAAGCUGACAUGAUGAAACUUCAAACCCAGAUCACAUCUAUGGAAAGCAAUUUAAAAACAAUAGAAGAAGAGAACAAACUCAUAGAGCAGAACAAUGAGAGCCUGUUGAAGGAGUUAGCUGGCUUAAGCCAAGCCCUCAUCUCCAGCCUCGCUGACAUUCAACUUCCGCAGAUGGGGCCAAUCAGUGAGCAGAAUUUCGAAGCAUAUGUAAAUACACUCACAGACAUGUACAGCAAUCUGGAACAGGACUAUUCCCCCGAAUGCAAAGCUCUGCUGGAAAGUAUCAAACAGGCAGUGAAGGGCAUCCAUGUGUAGGAUGUGAAAGCUGCUGGGCAACAGAAAUUACUUAACAGCAGUAAACUCCAGAUGGAUCUGUUAGGAGUUCAUG